AUGGUUUACUAUCCGGUGCCCUGGCUGUCGGUGAACCUCUGUGCAAGGAGGGAGAAUGAAGGGGGACUUUCGACUAUCGUACCAUUAACAAUUUUAUAUAGAUUAGUUAAGGCACCGCUAAGCUUUCUGAUGAGAAUCUUCUCUAUUUUUCUCCCUCAAUACGGGCUGUGUUUCAACAACAAUCUCGAGGAGGACUGGCACCAGUUUUGGAGGACAACAAUGAUGAGAGGUGGGCAGUGGUGGGAAUCAGCAUGUUUCAGAUGGUGGUCUCAUGAUGAUUUACACAUGAUGAUCGUGGAAGAAUCAGCUUUUUCGCUGACAAUCUGCAGUUCGGAUGAAAUCUUGUGUGCCGACCAGACGAUUGUGGCAUUCAACAUUCAACAUUCUACCUUUGUCGAAUGGACGAAGAAUGCUGAGAGGUGGGUUGUGGUGGGCGUCAGCACGUUUCAGAUGGUUGUCUCAUGA